AUGACAAGUUGCACACGCCCAGUGAGCAGUAUCGAACUCGUACUGCCACCUCAAAACGCAUACCUUUAUCGCAAUAGGCCCUUGCCACUACCUCCAACGACACUCUCCAGGACUUCAUCAAAGGCGAAACCACCACCAAGAUUCAGUGCUUUCCCACAAACCUUAGGCCCAGGAAAUGAUCCCAAUGCAUUACCUCAGCAACCCCCUGUGGUUGUUCCCAAGGCUUUAACAAGACAAAGGGCAUCGCGUAUGAGUAUAUCGGGCACCACUUCACUCCGUGAACGAAGAUCAUCUCAGAAAAUUCAACAGAUUACGGGCCACGACGUUGGACCUGGCAUUGAUUGGACGUCCGCUAUAUCUCGACCUCAGUAUUCACCUUCUAUUUCGCCUAAAUCCAUGCGAGACGACUCAUCCAGUAGUUACGGCAUCUCUUUGGACGAACCCAUAUUUGAUGAUGAGCCUACACCACUCGCAGACUAUCAGCCAAGAUCCUCUGACAGCAGCAUGCCUCCUCUCGAGCCAGACUGUGAUAGCGUGCUGAGCAAUCACAGUUAUACGUCUCCGGAAUCACCGAAAGCCCAAAGGAGAUCUGUAUCACUACAUAUGGCUAAGACAAAGCGCCUGAGUAGUGCAACAUCAACAAUGACAGCAUUAGAACCAGUUCCCAACCUAGAAGACCCCUUCGAUGAAGAUAUUAAUUGGCAGGCCGGGUCAUGCUACAACUACUUCAGCGACCUCGAAACAGCGGAUGAGUAUCAUCGCAUUGCCACCAGAUUGGCCAACAACGACAAACGGCAAUCCAUAUACGGUGCUUCUUCUCUUGCACGAUCCCGCACCUCACUCAGUCGACGUCUCAGUGUUGGGGCAAGAUCCCUCUUUACGCGAAGGAAAGACUCGGCUUUGUCCGCGAGCUCUAGCCGAGCAUCUCUGACGGCCGCCAGUUAUCCUACAAAGGGGCCAUACUCACCUUCAAUACCUCCUUCAUCAGAAACUGGGAGUGUUACUUCUCCGCCACGCAGUAUAUUUGAAAUCGAUGACGAAGACGAGCUUUAUGCCGAUGAUGGCAGAAUGAGGGAAGUCGUCAAGGAUUUCUUCGCGCGGAGAAGUGAGGAACGCAACUCAAUGGAACUGGGAAAGCCUCGUUCCAUACCACAAUUCCCGGAGAAAUCACCAGAACAUAAGUCUUUGUCAAGAACAGGAGUGCAGGUCAAGGACCUGAUCUCAAAUGCACGUGACGGAGCGAGGUUGAUUCAAGCAAGAGGUGAGAGGAGACGAACUCAGCUCAGAACUCAGAUCAAGAUGAUUCCAGAGGAAGAGAUUGGACGUUGA